GGCCUGGCGUCACACCCGGAAGCAGCCCUGCAGCGGAGCGGGCCGCAAUGAGUGGGGAGCCAGGACAAGUGUCCGUAGUGCCCCCUCCCGGGGAGGUAGAAGCAGGCAGUGGAGUCCACAUCGUGGUGGAGUACUGUGAACCCUGCGGCUUCGAGGCGACCUACCUGGAGCUGGCGAGCGCCGUGAAGGAGGAGUAUCCGGGCAUCGAGAUUGAGUCGCGACACGGGGGGACAGGGGCCUUUGAGAUUGAGAUCAAUGGACAGCUGGUGUUCUCCAAGCUGGAGAAUGGGGGUUUUCCUUAUGAGAAAGAUCUCAUCGAGGCCAUCCGAAGAGCCAGCAACGGAGAACCUUUAGAAAAGAUCACCAAUAGCCGGCCUCCCUGCGUCAUCCUGUGACGACACGAUUCUUGGAAGCGUGGUUCUGGGGUUCAAACCUUUGUUUCCUUGCAGUUCCGCUAGGAACUCCCUCUGCCUUUUGCCCCUCACUUAUCUCCAUGUAGCUAACACCCUGACCUCCACUUUGCCCCUUUGGGCACAAAGAGGGACUAGACAUUUCUAUGGUCUUGGAGGCAGAAAAGAGAUGUUCUCUGUGGAUAUUUCCACUACCACCUCACAGCCCUUUCCCAGGAUCGGUGCCCUCUGCAGCUCGGCCCUCUCCCUAGCUUGGCAAUUCCUGUCGGGUGCCACAGUUGCUGUAACUUAUUUCCCCCGAGUCCUGGGCAAUGUCAGCUAUUGGCAAUAAAGAGCUAUUGGCGCUCCAAA